CAGCCUCAUAGAAACAAAUUCAGUCUACAACAUUCCCCGUCUAUUCAUUGGUGAUAUUGACCUCUCCUGCCGACUCUACGGUAUUUUGAAUCUCGAUCUAUCCCUUGUGACCUUGUUCCAUCGCUCUUGCCUCGUUGGAAUCUAAGUUACCGACCGAGCAAGGAAGGCCAACCAGGCCGACACGCGAUAUCGACUCAUCCGGCAAGAUUUGUAUUAUGAACGACGAGCAAGCACAUACAUCCUCCAAUCCUGACUCUGUGACCCCAGAGUCCGAUACAGGACAUACGCACCACUCAAAAGCUGCAACCUCUGGAGCGUCGUCCAAUGAUCCGGCCGCUACUCCCACACUGGGAUCGGCGCUGCCUCUCGCCAUGGUAGACAACGGGCAUGUCGAAGAGAAUCCAAAAGGCGACAGUGGAUUUAGGAAGACGGUGUCGAAACCCCCGAAAAAAAGGGAUCCCGAAUGGCCUUCUGCUCCGCGGCGGCAAGGGCCGCUCAAGCUCCUGGAUCUCCCUGUAGAUGUGCUAAAGGAGAUUGUAAGUGAGAUCACACAUACGAAUGACCUCACGGCUCUGGCUCUCACGCACUCGGCUCUCCAUUGCCUUGCGAUACCACACAUCUACUCCCGAUUCGACAUCGUAUGGCCCGAUGCUACGUCGACAUCUGAUACAAGGACAGGAGUUGAUGCAUUGACUUAUGGUCUGUCAACUCUGGUGAUGUCUCACCGACUAUACGAACCUUUAUCUUUAGCUCAAGAGCCACAGCCACAGCCGUCAGAUGCUGAUGCGUCAGGUUCACCGCCCCCUCCUGGCUCUAGGUUGCGGAUAGGGAACAACUACUCUAUGUAUACGAGAAAGUUUUCGCUGGGCAAUGGGCCAUCCGAUUGGGUGCAGGACUAUAUGAUAACGAAAGAGAGCGGAAAGAUGCUUGGGACGCUGGUGGCUUUGGCAGUGGCCCGAAUGGUUAAUCUGGAGACAUUCGUCUGGGAUAUGCCGACGGGAGUUCUGAGGGAUGUCUUCUUAUCCCUCUCCUCGCUGGAGCGAAAUAAUAAGCCUGGAGAAUGCCGACUGGAGAAGUUCCUCGUACGAUGGCAUGAUAACUCCCUGGACCAGCCCACUCCGCCUGGUGGCUCGAGCCUUACUGCCCCUGGUGGAUCAGUUAUACCUCCCAACUCUAUCGUGACGUCUAUAGGCAUCCCGCUUCCUCAAGACAACAUUCAGCAUCCGUUAAACCCUCACUUCGUGAGCUCUAGGCCGGCCUCGUUUCACAAUGCCGUUGAGCAUCCCACGCUCUCCGUCUUGCCGCCCUUGAAGUCUCUGAGUGUGCUAGAUAUCGACGAGGUCUCUUAUCUCGAUGAGAUGAGUGUUCUCAUUGAGAGGUCGAAGGAUCGCCUACAGGCGCUUCGUGUCGGCAUAGCGCGAAAGGCAUGUGAGCGCCCGUUCGUUAUGCCCUGGGAUUCAGUUGGCCUCCACCAAGUUGACCACGAUCAAACAUGGCCUGGUGCCCAAAGUAAAAUCGGGGAUCUAAGGCUUGGUGGUGUGCUAGGCGUUAUUAUGGGGCGCGUGUUUGAUAUCCACAGAAGCACAAAGGCUCCAGUCGCGCUUAAAUCGGAAGCCACGAUAGUACCUGAUGGCGGGCAAACAGAUAUGCUUAAUGGCAUAGAGGCCCUUAAUCUAGGGGGUACGGCUGCCUCAGAAGCUGCUAUCGAGCAACAUUCCCAAUUGAUGGAUAUGGUCGACCAAGAUAUAUCAUCAACAAACGCACUUAUUGAGGGCGCUCAGCUUCUUCCAGCGCAUCAUGUCGAGGACGAAAGCGACCCAUCAAAAACCGAUACGGAGCCUUUGAUAAGUGAUGCUGGGGAUGCAGAUCUGGGGGUUUCAUCAAACAUCAUUUCACCCGCCGUUGAGAUCUCUCAGCUGAACAUAUCGCAACCCUACGGUGUUCCCGCGUCGGGGAACAGGCGGCCCUCGAAGAAAGGCGCAGCUUCUGAGAAGUCUGCCGACGAGUCUGGACCACCAAAACGGAAAUUGCUCACAGGCAAGCUCCGGUUGCAGGUUCUUGAGCUCGAACGCGUACCUCUGUCAAUAUAUGUCUUGCAGAAAGCAUUCGACUGGACGACGCUCAAGUCGCUUACUAUCCUGGACUGUGCAUAUCAUGAGAGUCUCUGGAGAAUGCUGCGACGCCAGUUCCGGCCCCAGCUCGGCACGAACUCAUCCAAAGCAACCCCUCACAUGGAGUACCAGUUAAAUUUGAAGCACAUCCAUACAGACAUUGCAACGCCGUCGCUGAUCUCGUUCCUGAAGGAUACUCUCGCCCCGAAUACUCUGGAGGUUCUGUUUCUCCAAGAUCGCCGCCAGAAGACUAGUAGCUCGGUGACCAUUGAUGCUAUAUACAAGGGACCUCUCAGAAGGCAUCGGAAGAGUUUGAAGAAACUUCUCAUCGAUUCUUCUGAUAGGAUUCCAAGAGGUCCAUCCGUAUCGAGUGAGACCGCCCGCUGGAGAACGUGGAUGCUGUCCAAUGAGGCUUUGUCAUAUAUUACAAGUGGGAAUAUGACUAGUCUCAAGGAACUCAGCGUCGCCAUUGACUAUAGAGACUGGCAUUUCUUUCUCCGCCGGCUUCCUAACAUCCCAGGGUUACGAUCCUUGAACAUCCCUUUCAUCGGCGACCACGUCACGCCUGCGUAUGACCCGAAAGAGCUCGCGAUGCAAGUCGUGGACAUGAUAUUCCUGCGGCCAGAGAUUGAGCUCUGCUACCUAGGCAUCUCGAACAAGUGUUUUGAGAUCCUGGAGAACCGUCCCGGAGACGAGAGACACUCAGGCGAUGAGGCAGUGACAGCGCACGGCGAGCUAGGGGAGCAGAUGACAGAAGACGAGGAAGAUGAGGAUGCUGAAAGCGAUGCGGACGAUGAUGAUGCCGAGAGCGAGGCAGAUGAUGACGACGGGACGGCUACGGAGGCUGUCGAGACGGAAGGCGCUGAGUAUGAGCUUUCUGAGGACAGUGACGAGUUCGACGGCGCUUCAGAGGUGGAUUCGGAUACGGAGGGCAACAGAACUGCGCUACGGCUGCGGGAGAUCCUCUUCUAUGACGACAAGGUGGCCAUUUUCAAGGCGAGGCAUAUGCGGCUUUAAGGCGGGCACUGGGCGGUGUGCCGCCCUCUUCUGGUGUUUGUGUUUUUAUCUAUUUCAGGCAGACGUUUGCGAAGAAGCGGGCUUUUGGGAAGGGGGGGCGUUUUUUUAAGGACAGAGACGAUUAAUAGCAUUGGAGACACAUAUAUACAUAUGGUUUUAUUGGGAUGGGCAAAUCCAGGUGUUUGCAACAGUGGUGGCGAGAUAGAUCGCUGCAUUAAAGGGGGAAAGUUAUUGGGCGAGCGCUGGUUCGUUGCUGGGAGUCGAUGGGAGGUCGAUCGUCGAUCAUAUUGCAAUACUUUUUUGCUGCUGGCGAUAGUUAUUGUAGCUUCGAUAGCUGUUGAUUGGGAAACACCUUCGUCGCAAGGAGGUUCUUUUGGCAGGCUAUGAUUGAAUGAAUGAGUGACUCUUUGUUUACACAUGUACUUCACAGC